AUCACGCACCCAAUGAAGUUUCAACGUUCAUGCUCGAACGUUACUCUUGCGUAUUUACAUUGACCUAAUCGACGGCCGCGACGCAUUUAGAUUUUAGGCAAUUCAAAAGUAACAAACUUGUGAGCAGGGACACGAUUUAGGUACAGUCUCAAGUGUGUUUUUGAAUAUUCUAACUCUAUCACACAUUUUCGUGACACAAGUUUAUGUGGGAAAUCAACAUUUUUGAGACAGAGGCUAACUUGAGGACCACUAAAAUCAUGGGCCAUCCGAUUGAAAUAGUAAAGAUUUCUCAUGAUCAUAAUUUCAUUCUCAACGAAGAGGCUCUUGCUCGAAUGCUUAAUCAAGAUGACGUGAAAAAUCGAAGCCUAGUCAUCGUUUCUAUGGCAGGAGGUUUCGACCUGUCUAAGGAUUUGUUGCUGAAUUUUUUUCUUCGCUACAUGGAUAAUAGAUACAAGUCAAAAAAUGAAUCUGAAGAUUGGUUGGACGAGACUCGUCCACUUGAAGGCUUUUCCUGGCGUACCAAGUCCCAGAGCGAUUUUACAGGCAUUCUCAUGUGGUCCGAAAUCUUUAAAGCUGAAUUGCCCAACGGUGAGAAAGUUGCGGUUAUAAUUAUGAACUCGCAGGGCUCCUUUGGCAGUCUGUCCAUUACGGAUCACGAGUGUGCUUCUGUGUUUGCUUUGAGCACAGAAUUGUCGUCUGUGCAGCUCUUCGUUUUGGCCGAUAAUAUCAACAAAAACGAUCUGCAGCAAUUGCUGUUUUUUACAGAGUAUGGACGGUUGGCACGAGAAAACUCAAGUAGUGAAAUUUUUCAAAGGUUGGAAUUUCUUGUGUGUAACUGGGCCUAUCCCCAUGAGUACCAGUAUGGGUCUAAAGGAGGACAUGAUUAUUUGCUGUACAUCCUUAGUAAUUCGGGUGCACAAGAUUUAAAACUUCAGACCUUGAAACAGAAUCUCAAUUCCUAUUUUUUCAAGACUUCUUGUUAUCUUAUGCCUCAUCCUGGGUUUUCAAUCACUGAGAAUCUUAAGUUGAACAGUCAUUUGUCAGAAAUGAGGAGUGAUUAUAGAAAACAAAUCAAAGAUUUGGUAACAAUGUUACUCGCACCAGAAAAUCUUGUCACUAAAAAGAUAGGCCCAAAAGCUGUCACUGCUGCUUCUCUGCUUGAACAUAUUAAAAAAUGUGUAAACUUCUACGAAAACUUGGAUGUACUGAAAAUUAAAAAUUGUUUCAAUGAAACAUACAAUUUACUUGCAAAGCUAAAAGCAGCAAACAUGUACAAGGAAUUGAUGAGUACUUUUUGUGGACAUGAUCAACCGUAUUUGAAUAGUAAAAUGUUGCAAUCAGCACAUGAUAGAUGCCGUCACAAGGCAAUAGAAUACUUUGAUGAAGCAAAAAAAUUUGGAAACAAUGGAGCAUUUAACCGAAAGUACUAUGAAAAACUUUUAGAGUCGAUUGAUGAAACAUUCGAAGAUUUCAAAACAGAGAAUAUGUAUAAGUAUAAGCGAAUAUUUUUCAAGAAAAUUAUGAUCUUUGUAUCAAUCAAUGUAUUGAAGAUGGUCAUCUGA